ACGGUAAAGUCAGACGUGUAUCUAAACGGGAAGUUCAUCCCUAAACAGCCGCUUGAUCAACAGUGGUAUGAGAGGUCGCUGGAUCGCGCUUUGUUACAGUGUGAUAAUAUACUAAUGAAUUCAAAAGAGGAUGUCAUCCGACUUAACGUUAGACUUCGAAAAUCAUCGGCAAUACCCUGUGAUGGAUAGUGAGGCAGGCAUCAUCUCCAUCGAUCAGGGGGGAGAGUGGGACUUAAGCCUGUUCGAUGAGCUGGAGAAACUCGGCGAUGAGCUGGGGGAUGCAGAUGAGCUGCUUGAGGCUCUUGAUAAUGCUGGCUAUGCCAACGGUGUUCCAGAUCUGGACUUUGACAUCGACAUUCCACCAUGGAAUGAAAUGGAUACAUGCAGCAUUUCCACAGAUGGUGAGGUGAGUGUGGACUCUCUGUCACCUGCCCACACUCUGAGCUCGGUGCCCUCUCCCGCCUCAGUGGAAGCUUUGUCUCCGUGCUCCUUGCAAGAUGAGGCCCUGUCUCCACAAUCGCAGCCGUCUCCUCUUUCAGUCUGCUCAGAGUCCAGUGGCUUUUCUGAAAUCUCUUCCCCACCUAAAAAAGCUGCAAAGAGGACCAAUCAGGUGGCACGAGCCAAGCCAGUUCAGUCAAUCAAGAAGCCGAUUCAGAUUGGCCCAAAGGUUUCCAUCCAGCCCAAACCACUGAUUACAGCUGUGCCAUUGGCUCAAGCAGCAGCUCCCAUGCAGGCCAAGACAAUCAUCAUCCAGCCCCUGCAGACCACUGUGCUCCCUGUGGUAAAACCAGCUCCAGUCAACAUCAAACCAGCACCCCCUGCAGGUCACCCUCUUUUGCUGUCUCAGCCAAGCCAGCUACUGCAGAUCCAAACACCACAGGCCAUCUCUGGGAGUGUGGUCACUAUGCCAGCACUCAGCCAGGACUGGUCUGUACCCGUCGCUGCUCCACCAGUGGUUUCAGGCACACUUUUGACCCCAUCCUCAGAGGAUGAUUCCAAGUUGUCCCAGAGACAGCAGCGCAUGAUAAAAAACCGCGAGUCAGCGUCCCUGUCUCGGAAAAAGAAGAAAGAGUAUUUGCUCUCGCUGGAAGCUCGCCUGAAGGUGGCGUUGUCUGAGAACGAGGUGCUCAAGAGUGAGAACGGCAACCUCAAGAAACAGCUGGAGUGCAUUCUGAGCGAGAAUACAGUGCUGAAAGCAACAGCACCCAAAAGGAGAGCGGUGUGCCUCAUGGUGGUCGUGGUGUUCCUCGUUCUUAAUGUCGGACCAAUGAGUCUGUUUCAGGGUGGCCCAGGCUCUUCGCUCGAAGUUGCUUCCAUGCAGCACAGUGGUAGACACCUGUUGGGUUUCUCACCGGAGGCGGAAAUUGAACACCUGAUGGGUCCUGAGGCUCUUGGCAGCUGGCCGUCUGAGAUGGGCGACAGAUCUGAAGAUAAAGCCCUGAUGGUGGUAAAGGAUCCCAUCUUUCUCAGACCAUCUCCGCCCUGCCAGCCUUCUGUCAACAGGACCAAGUGCAUUGAGUUGGCCCAUGAGUUGAGGGGUUGGGUCCACCGUCACGAAGUUCACCAGACCAAAUCGAGACGAGAGAAUAACAGCAACCACAAACCCACCAGGACGAUUCUGAAAGCAGGAAAUAAGGAGGACGAAGGUAGCCAGAUUGUGACGGUUCAAUAUACAGAAACUACUGCGGAAAAGAAUCCUGGCAGUGAGCUGCAGGUGUACUACGCCCCUCGUCACACGUACACCGACUUCUUUGAUGAGCUGAACCGCCGCGGCGACACCUUCUAUGUCGUGUCUUUCCGUAGGGAUCAUCUCCUACUUCCUGCCACCAGCCACAAUAAAGGAAGUCCACCCAAGAUGUCUGUCGUGUUGCCAGCCAUGAACAUAAAUGACAGCAUUAUAAGGGACAAAGACUUUGAGGUGAUGAUGCAGAUUGACUGUGAAGUAACAGACACCAGGAUCCUCCACAUCAGAUCUUCCAGUAUCCCGCCUCUGUUCCGGGUGAACCGCAGUGACACGUUUUACCAGAACUCCCCAGCAGAGAACAAGUCUGCGCCUCCUGUCGGUGUGCUAAUGGGGUCUGCGUAAGAUCAUCAGCGACUCCUGCAUUCUUUACACCCCUCAUUAAAACUCAUAAAGGCAAGCACAAGAUAACACCUCAGUUAAUAAUUUUUCUCAUUUUUAUUUGUAUGAAUGUGCUCUGCAGAAAACUAGUCAUUGGAGGUUACAAAGGAGGCUCAAUUUGUCCUCACCGUUCAGCCCCUUUCUGGCUGAUUUCUGGAGCUGGACUGUAAUGGGGUCCAAGCAGCAGCAGACUAGCUCUUUGUGUGGCAACGCUGACUUACCCGUGUAACCCCAGAUGCUUUAUGUAAGGGUAAUUGUUUAGCGGCAGGGGGCAGAGCGUUGAACCUUGAGUUACCCCAUCAUAACACAAAUACUUUUUCCCCUUACAGCUUACUUUCAGUCGGCUCUUUUUUUUCUGCACAAGCUCCAAAGCUGUGUGUGUGUGUGUGUGUGUGUGUGUGUGUGUGUGUGUGUGUGUGUGUGUGUGUGUGUGUGUGUGUGUGUGUGUGUGUGUGUGUGUGUGUGUGUGUGUGUGUGUGUGUGUGCUUAAAAAACAUUAAAUACAUUUUAAAAAUGCAUUUUUAUUUAAAAUGACCUAUGUUUGUAUGUAUCUGAUUGCUACAAAAUGGAGUGCUAUAAUAAUUUCUUUCUGUCUCUGAAUAAAGCAAAUCUUAUCAGUGAUGUAGUCAGACAUGACAGAUGUGUUAUCUGCAGCAACAGAGGCACAAACUCAGGAAGUUAAGUGAUCUUUGAACGCUAUCUGGCUAAUUGCUCUGUUAUCUGCUGGUUUCUAUUGCUGUUGAUGAAGAUUUUCACCAGUUAAUUUUUUCGGGUCUUCACUGUGUUUCUAUAUUCAUGGAAAGGUUUGGAUACUGUACAUAUUUAUUGCUGUUAUUUUGUAACAGCAAACAUCUGUGGUUUAAUCCAAUUCCCUCAUUUUUUUUCCUUUGAAAAAUUCAGAAGUCAAGUUGUUUUUUUUCUUUAGCUUUAGUUCAUUUUUAUUUUGGUGAUUUUUUUUUAAAUGCUUUUUUGUUAUUCCUGUUGCCUCCGAAAAACAUGUUUUAUAUAUGAAAUAAUAAAUGGCAGAUAGAAAAUCUAUUUAUGCAUAAAAACUAGCUUCUAUUCAGUUCACUGUGUGGACAUCUUCAAAUUUUAUCCCAGGGCAUAAAAAAAGCUUCAUCAUAUCUUAUAAAAGCUCGUUUUUGCCACUGAAAUAAAAACAUUCAACAAGUUUCAGUUUUCUAUAUCAAAAUUUCAACUUACUAACUUGAACUUAUGAGACGAUAAAUCCCAAUUGAUAUAAUGGCAAAAAAUGCCUUUUUCAGUUGCAUAAACACUUAAUAGUUACAGUAAAAGGCCUGAUGUUUAACCACUGGUUUCAAAAAACAAACUGUGAGUACUUCUCCGUCCACACAGCUCCUGCUUUUAUUUACUGCAUUUGAGAACAGUUGCAUUUUUGUGUUUAAUUAUGAUGGUCUAUGAUUUGUUUUGCUAAUUUGAGGGUAAAAUUUGCACAAUUAAUGCAGAACAUUGGAUGUACUGUUCUGGCUUUUAAUUUCUUAUAUUUGUUUUUUUGUUAAGCUAUGAAUAGAGACAGAUCUUAUAUAAUAAAUCACAUAAAAUAAAUAGAUAAAAAUAUGUGAUCAGAA